AUAAAUAAUGCAGCAGGGGAAGGAGGCGUCAGACACACAGCACUGAGCAGAUCGCAGCAGCAACAGCUGGAGCAGCAAAAGUGCACAGACAUUGUACCUACACAAUCUGAUUGGCCACUAUGCCUUUCCUAGGACAGGACUGGAGGUCCCCUGGGCAGAGCUGGGUGAAGACUGGGGAUGGCUGGAAGAGAUUUCUAGAGGAGCACAGUCAUUUUAUCAGUGACAUCCACAGCUAUUGCAACACUGAGAAUAAUAAAGAGAACGUCCUGAAUAAUCUGAAUUACGACAUUGCUGUGAAAAAGAGGAGGAAGGAUCUGUUAAACAACAACACCAAGAUACAGUAUCUCCACCAGGAGAAAUGGAUCUACGUGCACAAAGGGAGCACCAAAGAGAGGCACGGCUACUGUACCCUUGGGGAAGCCUUCAAUCGCUUGGACUUUUCAAGUGCUAUCCACGACUCCAGAAAGUUCAACUAUGUGGUUCGGCUCCUGGAGUUGAUUGCUAAGUCCCAGCUCACGUCCCUAAGUGGCAUCGCACAGAAAAAUUACAUGAACAUUUUGGAAAAGGUUGUCCAGAAAGUCCUUGAAGAUCAGCAGAAUAUUCGCCUGAUCAAGGAGCUGCUGCUCACCCUCUACACGUCCCUGUGCACUCUGGUCCAACGGGUGGGCAAGUCUGUUCUGGUUGGAAACAUUAACGUCUGGUUCUACAGGAUGGAAACUAUUGUUGACUGGCAGCAUCAGCUGAACAACAUCCAGAUCACCAGGCCUUCUCUCAAGGGAACGACCUUAACCGAUCUGCCCCUGAGCCUUCAGCUGAACAUCAUGCAGAGGUUCGCAGAUGGGAGAGACAUUGUCUGCCUUGGACAGGUGUCAUCGGAUUUGCAAGUGCUCAGUGAGGACCGGCUGCUGUGGAAAAAGCUUUGCCACUAUCACUUUACAGAGCGGCAGAUACGCAAAAGGCUCAUCUUAUCAGACAAGGGACAUCUGGACUGGAAGAAAAUGUAUUUUAAGCUGGUCCGGUGUUACCCCAAGAGGGAGCAGUAUGGGCAGACCCUGCAGCUUUGUCGCCAUUGUCACAUUCUGUCCUGGGAGGGCACAGAUCACCCUUGCACAGCCAAUAACCCAGAAAGCUGCCUCGUCUGCCUCUCCCCACAGGAUUUCAUCAACCUCUUCCGGUUCUGAUCUGCAGAGAGUAAUCUGCUUUUUUUUUUCCCCUUAAAAUUGGGAACUGCUUUUGGAUUCCAACACACAUUUCCAUGCUGAGCUUGAUUACCUUUAAAUGUAAAUAUUGUAUAUUUCACCAAUGACUUUGACUCAAGACCAGGUGGAGAAUGAAUGGGGACGGAGAUCAGUUUGAUUAAGAGGAAACGACUUGCUUUGAGGAAAACCAACGAGCAAAGAGUUUUGCAAGGUGAUUUUAUUAUAAUGGGACUUCUGGAAAGGAUGACUGGGAGUGAAGUACUCAACUUGACUUCCAAAAUAAAAGGUUUUGUUGAAGCGAGCCAUGUAACAUGGCUUCCUUGAUGCGAUGGAGCAUGUUGACUAACUGGUCAAUUUUUUUUUAUUGGACUGUUUAUGAAAUUGGUGUUUUGCAUUUUUUUUCCUUGUAGAACGGUCUAGGUCCAGCAACACUUCAAGUUUACCAGCAUCAUGGUAACUCUUCUUUCCUGUGUAGCUCUGCUAUUCCAUAGCAGUUUUUUUCAUAGACCUUUGUAAUACACCACACUUGUUUCUACCUCUGACUUAUUGAACCUGUAAUCUUUAAACGACUCUCUUCAAGAGUAUGAGCCACAGCAAUGAUUCCCUAAGCCUGGAGCAGAAAGUCUUUGAGUAUGUGAGUUUGUAGAGUAGCUACCCAUAAUUUUAAGUGAAGUGUGGCUGAGUGGUCUUUAAUUCACGCUGGAUUUCAUGGAUGACCAUACGACGCUCUUCAGAUCUUAUACAGUUUUCACCAUUGCUGUCAGAAGGAUGGUUGGAGUUGUUGUGGAACAGUGAAGACCUUUGGGCUGCUCCACUACAGGAUGGUGAAAGCACUUUGUGUGUGUUUGUGUUUGUGUAUACACAGACACACACACACAUGCAAAGCAAUUUUUUUUUUUACCAUGGUGAAAGGUUCCAGUAUGUUUAUAGGUACGUAUAUCUGGAUGGAGAGUGUCACCACUGUGUAGCCAUGUUAGCAGCCAGGUAUCCAAUCAGAGCUUAUUAUAACUCUAUCCUGUAACAGAUUCAGUCUAUGCUUCCAGUAACAAAUGGGAAUCACUAGAAUGUGCAAUUGCAUUGUAUCUAAAGAACUUUUGAUGCUUUAUUAUAUUUGGCAUUUUUGGAUCAGAGACUUUAGCAUUUUUCAUUUUUUUUCCUGCAGUGUCUUAAAGCAAUUGAACAUUUAUUAGUUCAAUCCAGAGCUCAAUCAUCACAUGUACAGCACAAUUCAUAGGUAACAAAUCACUUUUUUUUAACAUUUAUAGUUGGUAAUAUUGUUAUAAGGGAGAUGUAAAUAGAGAUGAGGUUGGAAAGGAUUUGAGCUGCUCGGGAUGGUGCGUAUACAGUAUAUGCUGUACAUAUGUGACUUGUUUGUGCGUAAUUAUUUUGUGCAAUACCACUAAUAGAGCCAAGGUUACAUUGUUGGUGAUAGCUUCUUCAUAUGUGUAAGUAUAUAAUUGGUGACUGUGAUCAAGGGCUUUACAACAUACCACCCCCCCCCCCCAAAUGCAUCAGAUUUGUUCAAACCUCACUGACUUCUCCAUAGUCUGGAGACCCGUAUUAGCCGUAUGGCCAAAUUUAUAUAUUAUUUAUAUUUAUUUUAUUAUGAUAAGGUGGAGAGAGCCUGCUUCUAUAUUUGCCCUACAGCAGACCUGUAAAUUCUAAUGGGUUAUUAUGUGUUACUAUAAGCGAAGCCAACUUUGCACUUACAAUUUUACACAGUUACUUGGAUCCAAAUUGUGUGGUUGCUUAAAAAAAAAGGAAGCUUUGGCUCCCCAUAGGGUAAUACCAUUCUAAUAAUGGGCUAUAAACUAAGGGGAUGUCGAAGGAAUCCAAUGAUUAAACAUCGUAUAAAUUAACAGAAAGUGUAUCGAUAAAGAGAUUGACUGGAGAUGAGUUGGGACUAAGCCUCCUUAGUCAUUGCAGAAGAAAAAGGCCUACAGGAGGCUCUGUUUGACAUUACACUUAUUUUUUAUGCAACCAAAACCUGCCUCAAAGCCAGAAAUUUAAGAAUAAGCACCUGCUUUGAGGCCACUGGGAGCAACAUCCAAGGGGUCGGAGUUCCUGAGCCACUUGUUGGGGAUCACUGCAUUAGAGGGACAAUAUCGUGCUUAGAGAGAGUGCAGAAUGUACCGGUGCAUGAGAAGUUCUGGAGUAAAACAUUAUGUAGAAAUCACUGGUAUCAUGGUGAUACUCUCACAAGUAACUAAAGCUCGACCAAAGGUAAAUUGAAUGCAUCCCUUAAGGCAGGGAUCCCCAACAUUUUUUACUUGUGAGCCACACAAGCAUGAAAAAGUUUCUGGAGGAUGCAAUAAGAGCCGUUUGGUAGUCCCAUAUGUACUGCUGGAGGCCCUACUUGGAGUAAAAUGGUGUCUCUGUGCUUCCAAAACUUUUCUCCAAGCCAGAGAUUAAAAAAAAUAAGCAGCUGCUUUGAGGCCACUGGAAGCAACAUCAAAGUGGUUGGUGAGUAACAUGUUGCUCAUGAGCCUCUGGUUGGGGAUCACUGCCUUAGAAUAAAUCUCAAAAUUCUAAUCGAGUUUGGAUUAUUCCCAAUUCAAAAUAGUGAGUUUUGACAAAAAAAAAACUAUUAGAAAAUUCAAAUUUCCUAUUCGACCCUUCAUAAAUCUGUCCCUUAAUAUGAGGUUUCAGUUUUUGAUUACGCGUCCCUCCCAUAUGCCACAUAAAAGGCAGUCGGGAAAACUAUUGUGAGUAGAAAAGUUUCUGGUGUUUAUUUUAUGUUUUUGUCUAAAGAUCCCAGAUUUGUUGCUUUUGUUGAUUUUCUAGUGUUUAUUGAGUGCGUGAAUUCUCCCUCUUCCAUGCUGACUCCUGUCAUUUAUCUGUAUAUCUGGUGCAAUGAUAGCAGGCCACUUUUGUGAGAUGCACAUUUUGGAAUGUAUUUUUUACAAUGUACUUGUUUGCAUCGUAUGGACAUGCUGCAUGUAAGAGAAUAAAAUUACGUGCAGGGAUCA